CUGCCUCUCUCCCUCUGCAGAUGAGGAGCCACCAGCGCCACCUCCUGCCUGCGCCACCUGUUGGAGGAACUUAGCUGGUUUCUGGCUGCUCGGCCUCUGCAAUAACUUUGCCUACGUGGUGAUGCUGAGCGCAGCCCAUGACAUCCUGAGCCACCAGGGGGCAAUGGACAUCAACGGGACCACCCAGACUCCCCCGGUGACACCACCCAGCAGGAACUCGUCCAACACCUCCCGCUAUGACUGCAACCCCAUCUCCACUGGGGUAAGUGCUGUGCUCUUGGCUGACAUCCUGCUACCCUGCUCAUCAAAAAUCAGCGCAACCGUCUACAGGUCCAUCCAACAGUGCGCAUGCCAGGGUGGCUGUGGGUGGUCCGGGUUCACGGAGUUCCGCCUGGGAUGCUCUGAACUGCUCCCCACACGCGCCACACGGCAAAACCAGGCAGAAUUGGGAGACCGGGUAGUCCUGGCCAGCGUCUCGUCAGGGCUGGGGGAGAUCAGCUUCCUGGCGCUCACGGCUUUCUACCCCAGUGAGGUAGUGUCGUGCUGGUCGUCAGGCACGGGGGGCGCCGGCCUGCUGGGGGCGCUGUCGUACCUGGGGCUGACCCAGGCCGGCCUCAGCCCCCGUCACACGCUGCUGCUCAUGCUCAGCCUGCCCCUGGCCAUGCUGCUCAGCUAUUACUUGCUGCUGGUGCCCCCCCCAGCGGUGCCGCAGUGGCGCUGGGGUGACUCCGCUGUCCUGCAUGACGCCCUGCCCACCGCCCACCAGCCCCUCAUGGCGAGGGCCCCGGCAAAGCAGGGUGGCGGAGGCGCGGAACUGACGCUGCAGGCUAAGGGGCGGAUUGUGAAGGGUCUCCUGAAAUACCUGCUGCCCCUGGCGCUCGUCUACUUUGCGGAGUAUUUCAUCAACCAGGGCCUGGUGAGUGUGGGGGGGGUCCCUGCGCCACUCCCCAUCGUGCCGAGCC